CAAAAAAGGUCCCUCCCCGGUCCCCACACACCGCCGCACGACGUCGUAACUCCUCUCUCUCUCUCUCUCUCUCUCUCUACAGUUCAUCAUCAUCGGAUCUGAGUUCCCCAAAGUUAUAACCACCGUCUUCCACCAUUGUCUGAUCUCUCAUUUCUCACUAGCCCCACCCACUUUCUCUCUCUUCCCGUUAACUUCAGUGCUAGUAGAGAGAGAAAGAGAGAGACUGUGGAACACUGGCCGGAUGAUAAAAGAUGAGCAAAGCCGGUGAAGAAGAAGAAGAAGAAGAAGAAGACGACGGAGAAGCUGACGUCAGCUUUCACGAUUCGCUCGACCGGCUUCUCUCUUCAACCAACACUUCAUGCUCGUGCUCUCCUUCCACCUCCGAACCGGAAGCCGACUCCAAUUUCAGCCCCGACCACAACGAGCCGGUGCCGAAAUUCCCUAAAUCGGUCGCCGGAAACUACGACGUCUGGACAUCUCAGCCGUCGUCGGUGGAGGAGCGGCGCCUCCGCCUCCUCCGCCAGAUGGGCCUCGCCCGGGACCCCUCCCUCCUCCGCCACCGCCACCGCCCCUCCCUCUCCCUCUCCCUCGCAUCCCAUCACUCCGACCCAUUCGGUAAUAAUUCUUCGAAAUUACUUGAUAAUAGUAGCGAUUGCGUUAAUGGCAGUAGUAAUCGUAAUGUUAGACCAUAUGGGAUUCUCCGAUCGAAGUCGGAUGGAGAAUGCAAUUCGUGCAAGAAUUCGGAAGUUCGCAUUGACAAUUCGGUAACCGAUGAAAUUCGUAUAGAUGUAAAUAAUAUUAAUAAUAAUAAUAAUAAUAAUGAUGAUGAUGGUGAUAGUAAUAAUAGUAAUAGGAGCAAUCAAUCUCCAAUGUGCAGUGCAGUUUCUCCUAAUAAACCCCCGAAAGUGAAAAUUAGAACCGAUUGUAAGCGUAACGGGAGCUUUAGUAACGAUGACGAGUUGUGUUUGAUAAAGAAUCUCGAUAACGGGAAGGAGUUUGUGGUAAACGAGAUGAAGGAAGACGGGACUUGGGAAAAGAUUCAAGAAUUAGAAACCGGGCGCCAGUUUACGAUGGAGGAGUUUACAUCCGAAAUGUGCGUCGGCACUUCUCCAAUCGUACAGGAGCUGAUGAGGAGACAGAAUUUCGAAGAUAGGACGAACGAAGGUUUGGAAUCAAACCACGACAACGGAAGUUUCGAUAGUGCAUCGAAGUCGAAAAAAAGGAGGAAUUGGCUGAGUAGUAUAAAAAAUGUGGCGAAUUCUGUUAAAGGGCAUAAUAGGGAGAGAAGGAGUAGUGAUGAAAGGGAUACAUCGAGUGGGAGGAGAUCGAGUUCUGCCACAGACGAUAGUAGCCAAGAAGUUUCCUUCAAAGCGGGGCCCGAGAAAGUUCGGGUGAGGCAAUACGGUAAAUCCGUAAAAGAGCUAACGGCAUUGUACAAAAGCCAGGAGAUAAAAGCUCACAACGGGUCGAUUUGGGCGAUUAAGUUCAGUUUGGAUGGGAAAUAUCUGGCUAGUGCGGGAGAGGAUUGCGUGAUUCACGUUUGGGAGGUUGUGGAAAACGAGAGGAAGGGAGAUUUCUUUUGGGAUAAAUUGGAAGAUGGGAAUUUCAAUCUUUUAUUUCCGGAGCCUUUGUUGUUGUCGCCGAAGUUAGACGGUGGUUUGGAGAAGAAGAGAAGAGGAGGGAGGUCGUCCGUGAGUAGAAAAUCGAUCAGUCUUGAACAGAUUUUGGCGCCCGAUUCGGUGUUUGCGCUUUCGGAGAAACCCUUUUGUUCGUUUCAUGGGCAUUUAGACGAUGUGUUGGAUCUCUCUUGGUCAAAAUCUCAGAAACUGUUAUCAUCUUCGAUGGAUAAGACGGUGCGUUUGUGGGAUUUGUCUACUAAGGCUUGUGUGAAGAUCUUUUCACACAGUGACUAUGUAACGUGUAUACAGUUCAAUCCAGUUGAUGAUAGAUACUUCAUUAGUGGAUCGCUUGAUGCCAAGGUUCGAAUAUGGAGCAUCCCGGAUCACCAAGUUAUCGAUUGGAAUGAUUUGCACGAAAUGGUCACUGCAGCUUGUUACACGCCAGAUGGACAGGGGGCAUUAGUUGGUUCGUACAAGGGUAGCUGCUGUUUGUAUAACACGUCAGAAAAUAAAUUGCUGCAAAAGAGCUAUAUCAAUUUGCAGAACAAGAAGAAGAAACCCCAUCAGAAGAAAAUAACCGGUUUUCAGUUUGCUCCGGGGAGUACAUCAGAGGUGCUAAUCACGUCUGCAGAUUCCCGAAUUCGAGUUGUAGAUGGUGUUGAUCUUGUUCACAAGUUCAAAGGGUUUCGUAACACGAAGAGCCAAAUUUCAUCCUCACUCACUUCCAACGGAAAAUACCUAAUCUCCGCAAGUGAAGACUCGCACGUUUACGUUUGGAGGCACAAAUGCGAAUCCCGACCCAACAGAAGCAAAAGUGUCGCAGUAACCAACUCGUACGAGGUCUUUCACUGUCAAGACGUUUCGAUGGCAAUCCCUUGGCCUGGCAUCUCGUCUCGCAGCGGAGGGCAAAACGGUCAUUUCAAUUUCAACCCUCCGGAGGAUGUCGAGGGCCUAUCCGAGUACCGUACGGCCAAUGCAGCGAAUAACUACCUCUUCGAUAGAAUCUCGCUGACGUGGCCGGAAGAGAAACUCGUGUCGAUCGGUAAGAAUAAUAGUAAGCACAGCCCUCGUGUGAGUGUUGACUUGUCGAACGGGUCGGCUUGGGGUAUGGCUAUUGUAACUGCGGGACUCAGAGGUGAAAUCAGAACUUUCCAGAAUUUCGGAUUGCCGUUUCGUAUUUGAACCACUAAUCGUGGUUUAAGUGACGAACGCGAGUUUGCAAGAAGUUGUACAGAUACUUCGGUUGCAAUAAUUUUUUUUUUUUUUAAAUUUAUUUAUUGGUAAAAAAAUGUAGAGUUCUUAUAGUAAAAAGGAUUUAAGAUGUUACACAGUGGAGUUUAGAAACCGAUUUAUUUAUUUUAUAUAUAAUCGGGGAAGUGUAGAGAUGGGGGCAUAUUUGUAAUUUAGAAGCAAAAAUUGUUUUUUUUUUUUUUUUUUUUAAUGAAUUGAUUCAAAUAAUUUAUUUAGGUGGUGUUGUAUACAUAAAAGUUUGGAGUGAAGCUGGAUUGGGUUUUAUUUUAUCAAUUAUGAUAGAAAAAAACAUUUCCAUUUCA